CCCGUGCCCGUGACUCUAUGCAUUGGAUACUGGAAAGUGCGAGGAGGGAAAUAGAAGCCCCCCCCCUCGCCCCCCCCAAAUGAACGCUCGAGCUACAGGACGGCAGAAAGAAAAAAGCAAUACAGCUUGUCAUCCGACCAAUCGUACAGCCAAACCACAGCGCUCGCAGUUGCGUUUUUUUUCCUUCGUUAUUUGUUUUCAUUUGGCAUUUUGUUGGUAGACAUUGUUGUCUUUGCGUUGAAAGUAAUUUUGGUCUCUCGUAGAGUCGACAUAUUUUGUGUUAAUCAACUCUCAUGAUAUUUUCUUCAACUUCUGACGCUAUUGAUUUCCGUCUUUGCCUCGGAUUUUAUUUUUUUCCAGCGUUGAAUUGACCAUGGGUUACAGUCAUUUUCAAUUUGUUUGACGUUUAGGCUACUGCAGAUCUGUUGAGGGAAAAACAUUUGUCCGUCUUGGGGAUCUGACUACAUCGACUGGAAUAUACAGUAUUUACAAAAAUGAAUCAGCAGUCUAAGUAAGCAAGCGAACUUAUUUGGAAAAAGGUAAUACGACCGUCCAGACUGUUAUUCUCGACCAUUGCUGCACCCAAGGUAUCGUUCUACGACCCUGUCUAGUCAACGAUGUCGAGGCAGCUUUCUCAGUUAUUGACCCCCGACCUCCCUGCUGGUGCUAGCCCGCAGUUUGGGAGUUGCACUCAGCCCGGGGGCGCUCUUACUGGAGGGCAUCUCAACUCCAUGGCAAAUCUAAAAUCCCUACUGCAGCACCCAAUGAAGGGAGACGUCCAGAGGAUCAAAGACUGUUGCGAAGCAAAAGACAAAGACAGAAGUGUGGACAUGGACGAGGAGUCCAUGGGAGUGUGUUCCAUGCGCAACGGAGGAGCAGGCGGAGUUGUUGGCAGCAGCAGUAACUGUGGAGGAGGAGGAGGAGGUGGUGGUGGUGCAGGAGGAGGUGGUGGAAGUGGUGCAGGAGGAGGUGGUGGAAGUGGAGCAGGUUUCAACCAGUCUGCGUUUUUGGGGCCCCUCCUGUGGGAGAGGACCCUGCCAGUGGAUGGGGGCCUCUUCCAGCUGCAGUACAUGGACCUGGACGAGUUCCUCAUCGAGAACGGCAUGGGAACCAUGCACAACAACAACAGCUCCAGCUCGGCCCAGAUCCCUUCCCAGAGUUCCCAGUCGGCCGUGCCCAAUCAGAGCUCCCAGUGCCCUCCAUCCUCCCCUCCGCCCUGCUCCUCGUCCUCCUCUUCAUCCUCCUCUUCCUCUCCGUCUCUCAUCGGCCUGGAGGUGGCACAGCCCCAGGGAAUGGCUUCCGGCUCUGACUAUCUCCAUGGCAGCCAGACGAACAUGAGUGAACGGGACUCCUGUGGCUCCCCCACCCCCUCCUCCUCGUCCUCCUGCCCUCCCCUCCUGACCCCCACCACCAGCGGCCCAGACGGGAUGGGAGAGUUUGACCCCGACCCCUCAGACGUGGCGCUGUCCAGCAUUCCUGGACAGGACGCCUUUGACCCCCGGAGGCACCGGUUCAGCGAGGACGAGCUCAAGCCCCAGCCCAUGAUCAAGAAGGCCCGCAAGAUGCUUGUACCGGAGGACCUCAAGGAUGACAAAUACUGGUCCAGACGGUGUAAGAACAACGAAGCUGCCAAGCGUUCCCGUGACGCCCGCCGCCUGAAGGAGAACCAGAUCUCGGUGCGCGCGGCCUUCCUGGAGCGGGAAAACGGAGCCCUCAGACAGGAAGUGGCCGAGAUGCGCAAGGAGCUCUCCCGCUGUCGUAACAUUCUCAACAAGUACGAGAACCGCCUCGCCGACCAGUGAGGAAGAGGAGAAGGCGGAGGAAGAGGAUAAAAGAAAGAUCGGCUGGAUUCAGUUGGAGGACUGUCAUUUCUGCGGGCGAUGCGAUGGACAGAUAGGGGCGAUGAUGAUGGCGAUGAUGAUGAUGAUGAUGAUGAAUGUAUGAGAGGAGAAGAUGGGUGAUAUAGAAUACCCUAAUCCCAAACCAGUCCCUAGACGCCACACUACACAAAGGAGGCUGUUCGCAAUACGGACAAAUCUAGAAGAUGUGGCGAAGCUGCCUCCAUAUUGCACCCAUCUCCAUUCCAAUUCCAAUACCCGUAGAGCUGCAGUAUUGCGUGGGGCAGGGGGCUGAUUUGGGAUUGAUGCUCAGGUGUUGUCUAAGAGUGGGUUAAAUUUGAGGUGGUGGUAAGGAUUAAUCAAAGUCAGGUUUUAGCCCCUUUAUGACAGAAAGUGGUGACUUUAAGGAUUUUGAUAUUGGAAAAUUGUAUAUUUUUAUAUUACUGCAAUCAGAUCAGAGGGUGAGCAAAUUUGGGGGAAUAAUUUUUGUAUAUUUUCUACAUGACCGGGGAAAUUUGAAGCUAUAGACACAUGGAACGCUAUGGAAGAACAUCUUUUUGAUGGAGACAAAUGAGGUGAUAUUUUAGACAGUCAGCCUAGAGGAGUAUUUUUAAACUUGAUUGACAGUCAAGGUGGAAGAACUAGGGCUGGACGGAGAGUUACAAUUGUAAAAUAGAGAGCAAAAUGAUUUUAAAAUUGUACAGUUCAACAUUUCUUUGUGGAUUUUACUUAAGCACUUAAUUUGUUAUGUUUAUUAUGUUUCUGUCAUUGGGCUUGGGCUAUAUGUGGUAUGUGUAGAGAGAGAAAGAGAGAUGAAACGAAACACAAACCCUAUUAAUUCAGCACUAUGCAUGCAUGUGCAAAAAAAUAAUCAGUGUGAAAUAUUUAGCAAGAAGCACAACUUGUACCCUACGAAGCAGGUUCAGGGACAUCUGGCAUUUGAUGCCAGUUUCAAUGUCUUUCUGUAGUCCAGAGAACAUCUUCUGUCCCCUUUGUUAAUGCCAGCCUGGUAAACCAGCUCACAAGCUCACAUUCUGCAUUUGGCAGUCUGCUAACUACGUGAUCUUUGUCUCUCUUGCUCUCUCUGUCGUGGUUGAGAUCUGUCAGUCUUAUCUGGUGUAGAAUAUCUCGCCCAAACUGGGCUGGUGUGUUGUUCCCAUGGUUUCUUCUCACAGAGGCUCUUUCUUGAUCAGUUCUCUGCAUUAUGUAUCAACCUUUCUCUGUUUCUUUAUCGAAACGAUUCAAUCCUGAAAGACGGCUGCCCCCACCAUCAACCGGUCCUGAUAUCUUGUUAUCUAUGCCCUAACUCCUUCCCAGCACCCUGUCCUUUCUCUAUGGUCUUAGAUUGUAUACAGAAUACUCACACAGAAUUAAAACUAGUCCACCAACUACCCAGGAAAAAGCACACUUGUAUUACUGUACUGUGUAAAUGAUUUUAAAUUAGCAUUAUUAUUAUUAGUAGAAGAGAAAUAUUGUCUAUAUUGAAUAUACCAGUUUCUGUAUUUUACAUUGGUAUAUAUGUAAAGUGUGAAUGUGGAGGCACGAGGCGGGAGUGUGAAUGCGUAUAUGCAAAUGAAUUCCAGGAGAUGGGGUUAGAACUCCCAUCGAGUGGAAUGGUGUUAAUUUCUCAGAUUUCUGGGACGAAUAAAAAGCCAAAAUUUACUAUGUUGAUACACAAAGCUUGUUGAUCCUUUGUUAAUUCUGUGUCUCUGAACAUUGUCUUUAUAUCCACUUCAAGUGUAUAGUGGCAUGGUUCACUGGAUCCCCCAGGGGAGAGGAGAGCUCAGUCAAACCAGUCAGACUAGAGUGUGUUUUUCCCCUCCCUCUAUGACCAUGUUAGAUAGCUACCAUUACUACUCUCUUAUUAUUGAUAUGAUUAUGAUGAUUGUUACCCCUCUUACUGUUGCUCUUAUAUGUUAUUGAAUUAUUUGAUUUAUUUUGAUGAACAUGAUCUGUUGCGUUUCGAAGCAUCUUUGAUCUCAUGCGUUCCUCAGAAAGACUAUUUAGGAAGGAGUUGUCUUCGCUCUCAGAGUGGACGCGUGUCAGUACCACCCGGUUCCAGCCCACUCCAGACCCGCUACUUCUAUGGACUAUUGUUUUGACCUUGGACAUUGUUGUUCCCCGAGAACAGACAUCUUGGUUUCUUUGUUGAUCAUGGAUUCCUGCUGGGUCGCCCCCUCUGACAGUUAGAAACAGGUUUCUGUUCUACGCUGUGUACGGGCUAUGCACAUUACACACCUUUUCCUUCUCGGUUUCAUUCAGUCUGUUUUGUUUUUGUUUGUUUUUUUCACCUCGGUCAGUGAUGGUUCUCUCUCUCAACAGGAUGUAGUCCUGUAAUUUCCUCCCAGAUGUGGUUGACUCUUGUAGGGACUCUUAUUAAACUACAAUUCCCCUGCUGCACCAGUGGUGUCCAUGGUCUCCAGCCAGCUCUGUGCUGGUGAUAGGGAUGUAGUGAUGCUUUCCCUGAAAACACCAAUAAAAGAUUGUUCUUACUCACUG